AUCCGGAGGGCGGGGCGUGUUGAUAUCCGGCGGGCGCCGCCGCCCGAGGUGGCUCGGCGUCGGGGCAUCUGUGCCAUGGAUACCUGCGAUCUGUUCUCCAGCUGCAGGAAGGGGGACGUGGGCCGAGUGCGGUACCUGCUGGAGCAGCGAGAUGUGGAGGUGAACGUGCGGGACAAAUGGGACAGCACCCCGCUGUACUACGCCUGCCUCUGUGGACACGAGGAGCUGGUGCUCUACCUGCUGGCCAACGGAGCCCGCUGCGAGGCCAACACCUUCGAUGGUGAGCGCUGCCUCUACGGCGCGCAGAGCGACGCCAUCCGCCGGGCGCUGCGUGACUACAGGCAGGUGACGGCCUCCUUCUGGCGGCGGGACCUCUACUACAGCUUCCUGCUGCGGCUCCUGGAGCAGGGCCUCCACAGCGACGUGGUCUUCGUGGUGCACGGCAGGGCCUUCCGGGCGCACCGCGGUGUGCUGGGCGCGCGCAGCACCUAUUUCGCCCACAUGCUCGACACCAAGUGGAAGGGCAGGAGCGCGGUGGUCCUCAGGCACCCCCUGAUCAACCCCGUGGCCUUCGGGGCCUUGUUGCAGUACCUGUACACAGGCUGCCUGGACGUCGGCGUGGAGCACGUCAGCGACUGCGAGCGCCUGGCCCGGCAGUGCCAGCUAUGGGGCCUGCUUGGCGGCCUGGAGGCCAAGCAGGCGUCUAAGCCGGGCGUGUGCAUGAAGGUGCUGACCAUCGAGCCCCCCCAGGCGGACCCGCAGUUGCGGGAGGACCUGGCCCUACUGGCUGAUUGCGCCCUGCCCCCUGAGCUCCGGGGCGAUCUCGGGGAGCUGCCCUUCCCCUGCGAUGGCCUCAGCAGCUGCCCUGACGUCUGCUUCCGUGUCGGCGGUUACGACUUCCUCUGUCACAAGGUACGCGGCUUCUCCUGCAGACGCCCGCCCAGCCCUCCUCCCGGGGCAGCCCCUCCUGAGCCCAGCCUCCCACAGGCCUUCUUCUGUGGCCGCAGCGAGUACUUCCGGGCCCUGCUGGACGACCACUUCCAGGAGAGCGAGCAGCUGGAGGCCUCGGGCGGUCUCCCGGCCGUCACCCUGCACAGCGUCUCGCCCGAGGUCUUCACGCACGUACUGUACUACGUGUACAGCGACCACACCGAGCUGCCGCCCGAGCUGGCCUACGACGUGCUGAGCGUGGCCGACAUGUACCUGCUGCCGGGCCUGAAGCAGCUGUGUGGCCGCAGCUUAGCCCAGCUGCUGGACGAGGACAGCGUGGUGGGGGUGUGGCGCGUGGCCAAGCUGUUCGGCCUUGCGCGCCUGGAGGACCAGUGUACCAAGUACAUGGCCAGGGUCAUUGAGAAGCUGGUGCAGCAGGAGGACUUUGUGGAGGCCGUGCGGGAGGAGGCCGCGGCUGUGGCCGGCCGGCAGGAGACGGACUCCAUCCCGCUGGUGGACGACAUCCGAUUCCACAUGGGCAGCCUGGUGCAGACCUGCCACGCCAUGGAGCAGGCUGCACAGCGCCUGCGGGUGCUGGAAGAGCUGCUGGUGUCCAUUGGCCUGGACUGCUGACCGCUGCACACGGGGCCGUCGGGGAGCCGGGGUCAUCCCAGUGGCUGCAGAGGCUCCCUCCACUCUGCCUGGGGCCCCGAGAGGCUCACCUGGGGAUGAGGCCUUUCUCAGUACAAACCAGCCCCCGAGCUCCGGGGCUGGAUACCACUCAGGGCAUCCUGGAGUGAGGGUCUCUGAGGGCCUCCCUCCUUCAGCCCCCGCCCCUCCUGCCAUGUCUCCCUGGGGAGCUGGCUUCUUUGCACAGAGCCGCCAUGAGCGGGCCAGAACGUCAGUGUGGCAAUAAAGCUUGACUUCACUGUGGGAGCCUGUGUGCCAGGACUGGCUAGGGGGCCUCAUCAACAAGAGAUGGUGUUGGCUGGGACCCUGAGACCUGCCUGCCGGGACUGGCCCUCUGCCAGCCAGGCUCCUUUUGCUGAGGUCAGCCUGUCCCCCGCCCUUGGGGGCCAGGGCGGGCUUGGAGGAGCCAGCAGUUGCUUCCCCGGCGACGAGGGGAGCCGUCUGCGAUCUGGUGCGCACUUAGUGAGCCCUGCUGUUCUUACCGCCGUGGGGCUGAGGACAGAAGCCACUGUCUGUCUGACCUCAGCCUGGAGCCCAGCUCCCCAUGCCUGCUUCUAAGCGAAUGGUCGAAUCAGUGUUCAGACAUGUUACUGGGGAAAAUGAUCUGUGCAUUCUAUCCCAAGCCUGGAUCCCAGCAGUGUUCACAUCUGGGGAGGAAGGCCAACCACCAAGACAGGACGCAGUGGCGGGGGAGCAGCUGUCGGUAACACGGAGUGUAGCAGCAGCUUGUGGCCCCAGGAGACGGCCUGGCGGCGCGGCACGGGCCACAGGCAGGGAUGCUGCUCGGUCGUCCCAGGGGGCCCGGGGCACAGCCAUGGCCGAUGUUCCUGUGAGAAUUGUCGGCAUUUGGGUCACUAAUGACAUUAAAAUAUCGCUUAUCUUGAUUA